AUGUUAAGCAACACCAAAAACCAAUCAGAUCAAAAAAUCUAUAUCGUAAUUUGUAAUUUUUCGUCAUCCUCCACAUCUUUGGAAGACAACAAAAAUUUAAAAGAAAAUUUAAAAAAUGAAAUAAAAAUUCAACAAAAUUCUUCAAAAAUAAAUUUUUUAAAUUUAUUUAUUGGUGAUUUAAUCAAAAUAAUUUCGUUUAAUGGAGAAUGGUGUUUUGGCUAUCGAUUGGAAGAACCUGAACAACGUGGAAUUUUUCCAUCAAUUUUUGUACAGGAAAUAAUGAUUAAUAAUAAAAUACAAACAUUUUUUAAUGUUGGGGAAGGAAAAAAUAAUAAAAAUUUGACUGAUGAAAAGGAGGUUGGAAGGUUGGCCUGUGAUAUUAGCGAGGCAUUAAAGGAAUGGAUAGAAAGAACUAAAUUCGAUUAUGGAGAAGGCAUCUCAACUAUAUGCCAAUUCGAACAACAAAUAGCCUUAAUUAAACAAUUACUGGUUGUUAAAAGGCAUUUAUGUUCUGGUACUAUUACGGCUGAAGAAAUUAAAGAAAUUAAUUUGGUAUUAGCAGAUGUAAUAGACGCUGGAAAUAAUUUAUUGAAAUUAAAUAUGAAUAUAAGGGAUGAUUCGGGAAUUUAUGCAAAUUUAGAUGGUAAUUUUGAUUUUAAUAUUGAAAAAAAAUUUUCAGAUUUUUCAAUAAUAACUUCAUAUAAAAAACACGAAAAAAUGUCAGAACGAAUAAAUAAAAAUUCUAAACAAAUAAUUGACUCAUUUUUGGAGGAUAAUUUUUUAACAAAAAUAUCAACAAAAUUAAAAAAUAAUUUAAAUAAAUAUUCUCUAUUAAUUAAUAUUAAUUUAAAUGAAUUAAUUGAACAACAUUUAAAUAAUGAAGAAAUUAAUAAUAAUUUUGAAUUAAUUUUUGGAUUGGGGAAAACUUCUAAAUUAAAUAAAAAUACUGGAAAUACUAAAGCCACAACCCAACCAAUAACAGAACCUUUUACCAUUCGAUUAUCCAAAAUAAAUAAAAAUAAACAACAAAAUAAAGUUUUAUUUAUUGGAAUAUCAGAAUCUGAUUUAGAAAAUAUUUCUUUAUGGAUGACUUGUUUAAUUAUUGGACCUAUUGGAAUUUCUGUUCGUGGAGGAGAUGACGUUCGCCAAUAUUAUGCGAAUGGUCAUACUUUGUUGGGUGAAUUAAUUAAGGAAAUGGUUGAUAAAGAGCAACGUGAACAGACUUUGAUACUUCAAAGGAAGGAAGCAGAUUUAGUUUUACCUUCUAAUAAUUAUCAAAAUACUUCUUCCUUAAUUACUAAUACAAUUAAAAAUGAAAAAAUACCAAUUAAAUUAAAUAUACAAAUUUUUAAUGAAUUUAAUUCUUUAAUAACAACAUCAACAAACAUCCAAAUCCUUAGACCCCUCAAACUUGAAAAUGAACAUUUUUGUAGAAAUGAAUUAUUUAUUUGGUUAAGGGAUGCUGAUUUUCAUGGAAUUGCUAGAUCUGAAAAAAGUAUUGAGGUAUGGUGGGGAUGAAUUAAAAAGAUUUUUUAUUACAAAGUUGACAUAAAUCAAAAGUUUUGUCCCCACAAAAAGUGCCCAAGCGAUAGACGGGGGGGGGG